AUGCCCAAGUCUAGGAGACAGCGGACAAAAUCAUUAACACAGGCCAAUAAGAAAGGCAAUAAUUUGAAGAAGAAUGUUGUAGAUUCUAUUCGUAAUGCUGUAGAUACGUAUGAAUCUGCCUAUGUCUUUAGCUUCCAAAACAUGCGCACCAACCAUUUUAAGAACGUUCGCAUGGACUUUAAAGAUAGUCGCUUCUUCCUUGGCAAGAAUAAAGUCAUGAAGCUUGCACUUGGUCGAUCUAAAGAAGAGGAAUAUGCCGAGAAUAUCUAUCAUCUUUCCAAGGACGUCAGCGGCAACACAGGUCUACUCUUCACUAGCAAGCCGCACAAGGAGGUCAUGGACUAUUUCGCCAAGCUCUCGGUCAGCGAUUACCCACGAUCGGGCUUCGUAGCCACUGAGACUGUCACAAUUCCUGAAGGUCCGCUACCGCAAUUCAUUGGAAGCAUGAUCGAAUCGCUACGUGGCCUGGGAUUGCCUGUGGAUCUGAAGAAGGGCGCCGUCGUGCUCAGUCGGAACUAUACUAUCUGUAAGCUUGGACAAACUCUGACACCGGAACAAGCCAAGAUGCUUGUGCAUUUUGAUCACAAGAUGGCCGAAUUUAAGCUUGUGAUGCUGAGUGUCUGGUCCAAGGACAAGUACCAACGUCUUGCGGAUGAAGAUGUCGUUACUACUGGCGAUGACGAUACUGAAGAUGAGGAUAUGUAA